AUGCUGCUUGGCCUCAUAGCCACGGAGCAGCGUGAGGAUGCCAUGUAUGACGUGGUCUACACGCAAGAGGAGCUGGAUGAGGAGGAGGACAUCAUGAACAAGCGGGAGCUGCGUGCCCUGAAGAGAGACAUGCAGGAGGGUGGAAAGAAGCUCACCGUCAACCAGCUGGCGGAGUUGGAAAAGGGACCAGCGCUCUCACCCAAGGAUCGCCUGAAGCGGUGGGAGGAGAUGCUGGAAGAAGCCAGGUCGCGCUGA